AUGGCACUCCGUCUACCAGUCGACCAAGCUAUUCUUACGCAGAGCCCUCUUAGACCCCAGAACUACAUCUAUCACCUCCAACAGCUCGGUCCCAAUCCAGGCGACGCGAAAAGAAGCGGCCCGUACUACCCCGAAUCGCAACUCCGAGCAGCAUGCGAACAUAUCCUCAGGCUUCGAUACGCACACCUUCCCCAAAACGUGAUCCGCAACUUCAUCACGAACCAGACUCUUAACGACGUAGCCGAGCCAGAGAAUAAGUUGGGAGAGCCGUCUAACAGCAGCAUAUCGUACGAGAUAUUCAUGGAGGCCAACUUCGACGUCGCAGAUGCGAUACGCAAACUGGCACCGGAUGAGAAGCUGACGUUGUGGCUUGUAUGGUACAAACAUGCGCAAGCGCCUUACGAGAAAUUCGAGAAGGGACUUCCGCGGUUAUUUGAGGUGUUUGGGCAAGCUGAUAACACGGUGUCUGAUAGUGUGUACCUCGACGAGGAGAAGGCGCAUGCGGCUGCGCGUGAGCUGCUGCAGGGUUCUAGACACAUUUGA